UUUUAUAACAAUUUAAUCAUGUAUUUUUAAGAAAGUACUAUAUUUGUCUGCUCAAGUGCGUGUAUGUCGUUGUUUUUUGCCUCUUGACGUCGGCGCUUUUAUCAUAGCGAUGUCCCAGUCGCGGAACCGUCGGCCGUCGAAGCCUCGUGACGCCCGUGAGCCAGCGAGAAAGGCCUCUGAAUAUGUGACCAACAAUGGCAAAAAUACUAAGGAGAACGGUGGAAAUAAAGACACGGGAAAAGUACCGAGGACUGUACGAUACGAAUUGGAAAAUGCUCUGCUUGGGCUUUGCGACGUCUGGUUCGAGGAGAUAAAGCCGCACCUAGUGAAGAACAACGUGAAGCUCCACACGGGCGGGGCGCUCAACGAGCACGGCUACGACCUGGAGCCGGCGCGGGAGCCCCGGGACCGCGCGCAGAUAGACCCAGGUGCUGCCUCUGAUACUCGCCGUCGGCCGGCGACCAGCUCCAGAGCCUACUUGCAAACGCGGCCCGCAGCAUCGAGAGCGCCGUGUCCCAAGCCGCCCUUGCGAACCAGCCCAGCAAGUCCGACCAAUCUUCGUAAAUUACCGCAGCCACCCGAUGAUAAAAAGACGCAGCCAGCCGUUCGGAGACCUACCACCAUUGAACAUUUACACACACCCGCAAAAAGCUUUCCACGGAAUGUACACGAGUCUUCGAAACAGUGGAAGCAGCCACCCGUCCAGAAAGCACCCCUGCAGAGAUCGCCAGCGCCACCUGUGACCAAAACCAGCAAAAAUUAUCAACGGACCAUCCCAAGUCCACCAAAAGGGAACCAGCAUACGCCGCGCGACCAGCGGAGGGCACCGCCACCUCCGAAACAAUCGUAUCAGCUAAAUAUUCGUGUGGCACCAAAACAGGAGGCACCCGUACAGCGGCCAAGGCCUUCGGCGAAAACCUGUCAGCGCACCUACUAUUCACCAGAACGACCGGAACGGGACUCUGAUUAUAUGCUGGAGAAUGUUUGGACGCGACCGACUGGCCGGAGGGCACUUAUGCCUUCGCGUUCAUCAUCACCGCCACCAUCACCGUCGCCAUCACUGUCUAAUAGUCUGUCUACUGUCAUCUUCUUUCGAAAAAAUGUUCCAAGUAAUGACAAAAAGAAUACGAGCAGUAACCGGAAAAAAAGAAAAAUUCCGAGAACACGCAGAACAAAGCUGAAUCCCCCACAGUCAGUCCCGCCUGCAAAGCGUUUAGCGCGCCCCUGUUGCACCGCCUGCGCCUUACGAAUAGCUAGGGCUGCUCAAGACGCGCCUCCAUGCCCACCUCCUGUUCCUAAACAUAGCGUCUGUAUGCAGCCAUCUUCCAACAAGACUGCUAAUUUUUCACGCUGGCCUGCGCCCAAGCCUAAAGGCUCACAUACGGUUUCCACACGAGAUUGCGGUGUUUUGACUGACUUAGCCUUCUGUACCACAAGCUUCUCACCGGCUGGCGACGCUAAAUCGAAAGGCCCCAGCAGAAAUUCGGCAUAUGACCACGGCGGAGAAGCGACAUCUCGGUCACGUUUUAUGAGGUCUCCUUUCUCGCUCCAUGGCGCUCGCUUGUUACCGUCUCCGCGGCACGCUCAAUGUCUCGCGCCUCCUGAACACCACAUUGGAAAGCCAAGAGGAAGUCAACCCGUCUCAACAAAUUUAUCACCAGUACCUUCAUCGGAUGAGACGUGGUUCCUUCGAGUUCUUAAGGAAUACACGAGCCAUGAAAAUCAAACAGCACCAAUGAGGGAGCAUACGAUGCCGUGCCAUGAUUCAAAGUCCAGCAAGCAAACUAUCCCCAUUCACAAUGAAAACAAAUUACUAUUGGAAAAUAGUCCAUUAUUCUCUAAGGAACUAGUAGAUUUAAUAGCAGAUAGGAACGACGAGAGAUUGAGAGUGCUGUAUGAGAAUCCAAUGCUAAAGGACUCGCCACCGUCAGUAUUGUGUUUGGCCGGGACUCAGAAAAAGAGGAAAAAACCCACUCCCAAAAAAAGGCCUUGGAGGUAAGGUUCGUAUUAAGGCUGGCUGUAAUUAAGUGAGUAUUUUUAUCUGUAGCGUAACGUCAUACGGUGUUCAAACUAAGUUUUAAUAUUGGUGUCCAUAAAUUAAACACGAUGUUUAAUUUGUACUUCAAGUCUCCACGAGAUCGAGUUGUGGUCGUAUAGGUCCAUUAAACUUGUGCCUAUACAUACUUAUAUUUAAACUCACGCCACAGAAUAACUUUCGUUCAAAAGGAAAAUGUAAAUCGGGGAGGUACGUGUAGCAUUUAUAUCGAUGUUUAUUUUGUUGUUAAGUACUCUAAAAUAUUAUUAAUAAUGCAUGUAAAAUAUGUAAUAAAUAUAACAAUCUA